ACUGAACCGCUAUUGGCCGACGAAUUGCAGGACAAGGAACCAGAUAUGAUAGAAGUCAGUACAAUCUACGAUGGCCCUGAUAUGAUUAGCAUGGCCGAUGAUUCUGAUACAGAAGAUAUAGAUCUACUAUCAAAAGCCAAAAAGCCAGUCUCACCAUCCAAGAUACCAAUUACCAAUGCACAGACUAUAAAUUAUUUCAAGGACGCUCCGGAAGAGGAUGCGAAAUUACAGACAGUACCCGAUGAUAUUCCUCUAGAGACAAAACAAACUACAGUUAGCAAUGAUAUUCUGUCAAAUGUAGAA